AUGGCGGCUGUCAGGGUUUUGAGGAAGUUUUGUGGAAUUAGACACAAUGUAAUUUGUCAAAAUAAAGGACUGAACGACUUUUCAAGACACUUUCAGUACAGGGAAUUUCGAAUCAAUGGUGUUCUGUGCCAACAUCAUCCCGACUCAUCAACAGAGAGGCCGCAGUUUCCUGGGGCUUCUGCGGAUUUUGUGGAUCGCCUAGAGUUCAUCCAGCCAAAUGUGAUCUCAGGGAUCCCAGUGUACAGGGUGAUGAACACACAGGGUCAGAUCAUCAACCCCUCUGAAGACCCCCAGCUUCCAAAAGAGAUGGUGGUGAAUUUCUAUCAGAAGAUGACUCUGCUCAACACCAUGGACCGCAUCCUGUAUGAGUCUCAGAGGCAGGGUCGAAUCUCAUUCUAUGCAACAAACUUUGGUGAGGAGGGUACACACAUUGGAAGUGCAGCAGCUCUUGACCCUAAUGACCUGGUCUUUGGACAGUACAGAGAAGUUGGUGUGCUGAUGUAUCGGGGUUUCCCUCUGGAACUGUUCAUGGCACAGUGUCAUGCCAAUGCAGAUGACCUGGGCAAGGGUCGGCAGAUGCCGGUCCACUAUGGCAGCAAGGACCUCAACUUUGUCACCAUCUCCUCCCCUCUUGCCACACAGAUUCCACAGGCGGCUGGGGCUGCAUAUAUGUUGAAGAGGGAGAACUCCAGCCGUGCAGUGAUCUGCUACUUUGGUGAUGGAGCAGCCAGUGAGGGUGAUGCCCACGCUGGCUUCAACUUCUCUGCAACGCUGGAGUGUCCCAUCAUAUUUUUCUGCCGCAACAACGGCUAUGCCAUCUCCACCCCCACAAGGGAGCAGUAUCGCGGGGAUGGCAUAGCGGCCCGGGGCCCCGGUUAUGGCAUCAUGACUAUCCGUGUUGAUGGGAAUGACGUGUUUGCUGUGUACAAUGCCACCAAGGAGGCUCGCUACAGAGCUGUCACUGAGAACCAACCCUUCCUCAUCGAGGCCAUGACCUACAGAGUUGGGCACCACAGUACCAGCGACGACAGCUCAGUCUAUCGCUCUGUGGACGAGGUGAAUUACUGGGACAAGCAGGACCACCCCAUCUUGCGGCUGCGCAACUACAUGACAGGUCGUGGCUGGUGGGGUGAGGAGGAGGAGCGGGCCUGGAGGAAGGAGUCACGCAAGCAGGUGAUGCAGGCCUUGGAGAGUGCAGAGCGACAGCUGAAGCCACGGAUAGACCUGCUCUUUACAGACGUUUACCAGGAGCUUCCUCCUCACCUGGAGAAGCAAAAACAGGCCAUGUGGAGGCACCUGAAGCAGUACAAGGAGCACUACCCCCUCAGAAUCUAUGAGGAGUAGCUCUCCGCCACCUGGAUGGAGCACAGGGGCACUGAGGAGGGGAGCAAGGGAAGGCUAAAUAGAGAAAAUGAGGAUUUACCUUCACCUGUCCCCAUAUAGAUUGCACUGAGCUAAAGAAUGUUUUAACAUUAAUAAUUUAGAGCCCAUUACUUGAUGCAUUUUAAUCCCCAGUUGCGGGGAGGGGGGGCAUUUCUGCACUUUUUAGCACAUAAAAGAAAGAAGGGCUUAAAGGAAAGGAAGUGACACGAAAAUGCUUCCUCAUUUUCUUUUCAGAUAUAUUCCAAAACAUAGAAACACGCACAUACACAUAUAGAAACAUGCACA